AGACACAGAUGAGGGCAUCGACAACGUCCUGUCUGCGGUUCGACCACAUCCUGCAGCAGCCGACCCCCCAUCAAUGACCCUGUUGUUUCCCGUCAGCCAAUCACACUCUCCCCUCUGGGUGGGGGGGCUGGCAAGGACACCGCUCCCUCUCAGCUGGACUUGACUCUGUGUUGAAGACUUUCCUCUGAGUCCUGCAGAGCUGGCAGCCCCCCACAGGAUAUUCUCUGGAACCGGACCUGGAGCCCCCCCCCCCCGACAGGGAGGGAGGCAGGGAGGUAAAGACCAGGACUCGCAGGAGACCUGGAGACUCUGAGUGUCGCCGUCAUGGACCCAAGUAUCUGCGCUCUGGAGCUGCUGGGGGUCUUCUUCUGGGGGGCCUGGCUCUGCUCUCUGGCCACCACCCUCAUGUCCACCUGGCUCACCUUGUCCACGGAGCUCCUCCCCACCGAGAGCUAUGAGCUGGGGCUGUGGGAGACCUGUGUGGUGCAGGACCUGGGGGGUCUGGAGUGCCGGCCCUACAACAGCCUGCUGGGCCUCCCCCCAGACAUCAAGCUGGCCCGGAUCUUGAUGUGUGUGACGCUGGGCACCGGGCUGCUCGGGCUGCUGCUCGCCAUCCCCGGCAUGCACCUGGUCAACAGCUGUGACGGCCGGCUGUACGACCUCAGCUGUAAGAGGGCCCUGAAGAUGGCGGGGGGGGCGCUGUGCCUGGUGGCCGGGGUGCUGGGUCUAGUCCCGGUCUCAUACAUCGCCCACCACACUGUGGUGCAGUUCUUUGACGAGUCAGUUCCGGACAUGGUCCCACGCUGGGAGUUCGGGGACGCUCUGUUCUGUGGCUGGACGGCGGGGUUCCUUCACCUGGUGGCGGGGACGCUGCUGCUGACGUCAUGUCUGCGUCUGACCAGGGACGACUGUAACACACCUGCCCCCAUCCCUCAGGUGAGGGGGCCGCCGGGGUACCCCUUUAUCAAGGCCAGGUCCGAGUACGUCUGAGACCUCUCCCUCCAAAAACCACAUUUCAUCCUGACCAGAAUCAGGUCUCUGAUCCAGAGACCAGACCCGGAGUAAAACUGUGUGUUUUCUCAGUGAAGUUCUGAAUGACAGAGUCUCAGUGUUUUCUGAAGGUUCGACCAGAAACGUUUAGUCCUGAAUCAUCAGGAGACGAGUCUGAAAUCAGUCGGCAUCAGAGAGAACAGAACGAACCAGACUGUUCAAAUCCACAGAUGCUUUAACCUUCAACAGAAACCAAUGCUUCAUGAACCAAAGGAACCAAAGCUGCACUAAAACGUUUGUUUUCUCAGUGAAGUUCUGAAUGAGAGAGUUUUUAACUCACUCCAUGAUUAAGUGUGUCAGUCUGAAACAAAGCUUGGACUCAGAUAACUCAGGUUUUUGUUGUUUGUUUAAAACAGUAAAAAUGUUCAUUUUCUUAAUGGACUUCUUCAUGUCAGAAACAAACAGAAAAACUGAUUUGAAAUGUUUAAUUUUCAGAUGCAGAUAAAAUCUUUUUUCUCAGUUUCACAUGUAAAAAUGAAACAUUCAGACUCUGAUGAAGAAGUUCACUGAGAACAGACGACGCUCUGUCUCCGAUCAGAAUCAGAACAAUCACAAAAAAAAAACCAAACAUAAAAUCAGAUUUUAGACCUGAACUCUGUAAUGAAGAACUGCAUUCAGAAAACCAGUGUUUUUACUGACUGAGUUUCAGACUGAACCAGGUGAAACAUGUUGUUAUUGAUCAGAGACGUGUUUAAUUCUGCUUCAAUCAUCCAUGUUUUAUUAUUUUCAACCAAAGAUAAAAAACCUGCUGCUGUUUCCUGUUUGUGCAAUAAUCUUGUCCCUGAACGUCACAGAAUAUUCUCCUUUAAAAACCUUUGAUUUCAUCUCUGAGAGUCAGGAUCAAUACAAACUGAUUGAUUAGAAAACAUGAUCAAUGUUCAGCAGGUUACAGAUGAAUUCACUUUGUAUAUAUGAUAUAAAGCAGCAGCUCCAGUGACUGUUGGAGAGAGAAAAUCAUGUCCAAUCAGACCCAGAUGAGUGAUUAUUGAUUAUUGAUUGUUGUGAUUGCAGAUGAUUGUAAAGAUGAGCAGCUUGUAAAUAAAGUAGCUUGACAAUAAAA